AUGUGGCGCCCCGACGAGCAGGAGCUCGCCCAACUCAGCCUGAUGUUUCGGGCAACGCUAUCGUCCAAUGCCGCCCAGAGAAAGGCCGCCAAUGAUGCGCUUGCUGCUGCACGAGCACAACCUCAAUUCGAAAACUACUUGUGCUAUUUGUUGGUGCACUCUGACCAGGCACCAGCUGAUGUGAGAGCCGCUGCUGGUGUUACGUUGAAAAACUCUGUGUUGAAGAAUCGUUCAGCCGAUCGUCCGGACGUAAAAGCCCAGGUGGUGGCCGGUUUACUGCUGUCAGACACUACUGUCAGAAACAUCACUGGAAACGUCAUUACUGCCCUUUUUUCUGCUCACGGCAUCGAGGGAUGGCCACAGGUUCUCCCACAACUCUUGCAGAUGCUCCAGGAUGCUGGACUGUCGGUGCAGACCAAGGAAGCUGCUGCCUCUGCUUUGGCCAAGAUCUGCGAAGAUAGCGCCAUGAUGUUAGAUCGCGAAUAUGCCGGCGAGAGACCAUUAAACCACAUGAUCCCUGUGAUUCUUGCCGUAGCCACGUCCCAGGUGUCUGGAGCCACCACUGCGGCUCUUCUUCGUAGUAUGAACCACUUGGUGCCUCUCAAGUCUCAACUGGUGCUCGUGUACCUUGACCAAUACUUGCAGACGCUUUUUGCAUUGGCUCUCGACGAGAGUGCGCAAGUACGUCGCUCUGUUUGUUCUGCCUUUUUGUUGAUCAUGGAGAACCGUCCAGACAAGCUUGUGCCUCACAUUGAGGGUGUUGUGUCGUAUUGCGUGCAGCUGGUUCAAGAUAAAGACGAGACAGUUGCAAUGGAAGCGUGCGAAUUUCUUUUGGCGCUCUCAGAGCUGCAUGACAAGGCAAGUAAACCUGUUUUCCGCGCCAGUUUGGACCGUGUUUUGCCUGUUUUGUUGCUGAAGAUGGUCUUCUCCGAUGAACAGCUUGUACUCAUGGAAAUUCUCGACAGUAGAGAUGACUCAGCGGUUGCCGACAAGGCAGAGGAUAUCAGACCAAACAUGGCCAAAGGCAAAGAUGCGCAUGCCGUCGGAAAGAACUCGAAUGCUCCUUCUCGUGCUGGCAACGGCAACAAUUCAGACCUGGAAUCUGAUGACUCGGACUCCGACCUGGAUUCAGAUGAUGAAGAUGAACUUGAACAGUGGAAUUUGCGUCGUUGCUCUGCUGCAACACUCGACGCUCUCUCUUUGCAAUAUCCAGAAGAGGUGAUCAAUAUCUCGUUGCCCAUCUUGCAAGAGAACAUCGUUUCCCCCGAGUGGCCAAUUCGCGAAGCUGCUAUUCUCGCUUUUGGUGCAAUCUCCAAGAGUUGCAUGGAUCUCGCUAGGGAUAAGUUGCCAACAUUGGUUCCCUUUUUAGUAGACAGAAUGAAGGAUCAAGAAACGAGAGUCCGUCAAAUCACCUGUUGGACGCUUUCCAGAUACGCCACAUGGGUUGCUGAAGAAGCUUUCGAAGGCGGUCAAUACGCUCAAUAUUUCCAGCCCACAUUUGAGUCUGUGGCUCUGUUGGCGCUUGAUUCCAAGAAGCUCGUCCAGGAAGCAGCCUGUUCUGCGCUCUCGCAGUUCAUUGAAGCCACGGAUGUGUCAUUGAUUCAGUACUACGUUGGCCCUAUGAUGGAGCACUUUGCAAAAUGUUUUGCCUUCUACCAACGCAAGAACCUUUUGAUCUUGUAUGAUUGUGUGGGUACAUUUGUCGACAGAAUUGGUUCAGACGUAUUCAACUCACACCCAGAGCAUGCCAAUACUCUCUUGCCUCCUUUGUUGAACAACUGGCAAACUCUUGAGGACACGGAUUCUGAUUUGUGGCCAUUGCUUGAGUGUAUGUCUAUUGUCGCUGCCACGAUGGGAGAGUCAUUUGCCCCAUACGCUGUUCCCGUGUACGAAAGAGCGGUGAAGAUUCUAGGAAAUACCGUUCAACUUCAUAAAGAGGUUCACACCAACCCUGUGAUUGAGGCUCCUGAAAAGGACUUCAUGGUGACUUCGCUUGAUCUCAUCGACGGUUUGGUGCAAGGGUUCAAGGAACAUUCCGUUGAAUUGAUGAGACAGCAUGGCGCAAACUUAAUGGAGCUUGUCUUGGCAUGUCUCGAAGACCACGAUGACGACGUCAGACAGCUGGCCUUCGCGUUGUUGGGUGAUCUAGCCAUAUUCACCUGUGAAGCCACAGUUCAACCAAACUUGAACCAAAUUGUCAUCUGCGCGGGCAACGAGAUUAACAACUGCUCCUACACAACAUACGCGGUGACCAACAAUGCCAUUUGGUCGCUCGGAGAAAUUGCAUUGAAGGUGGCUCCUGGCUCUCUCAAGCCAUACAUUUCAAACAUCGUCAACCUAUUAAUUCCCGUAUUGAAUUCCUCAGACAUGCAACAAACAGUGUUGGAGAACGCAGCCAUUUGCUUGGGCCGUCUUGGGCUUGCUGAUGGCAGCUCAGACAUUGUUCCUAGACUUCCAGAAUUCAUCUACACAUGGUGUACGCAUAUGAUGUAUGUACUCGAGAAUGAGGAGAAAGAAUCUGCCUUUUUGGGUAUGGUCAAGACCAUUGAGGCUGGCCCUGACGCUGGAUUCGGUGGUUUGUCCACUGUUCUGGGACGCAAGAACUUGUCCCUCUUCAUUAGUUGCAUCGGUAAUUAUUUCGAGCCACUGGAAAAGUUGCGGGAGGUGUUCUUCCAAGUCUUGGUGAGCUACAAAGAGUUGCUUGGAUCUUCAUGGAAUGAUGUCAUGAAGUUGGUUGACUCGGACACCAGAGGGUUUUUGUCCAGCACAUAUGGUGUAUAA